UAUGCCAUGUUUUACGACCCGUAUGUGAGUAGGUGCAGUGUAACAAUAUAGGAAACAGCCGUGUGUCCACAGUUCUAGGAACUCUGGUGUAUCUUGUUUAAUAUGAGCGUAGAUAAAUUCCUGAAAAAACCCGGGCGGCGGUAAAGUGCAGGACGCUGCACAUCCGUCUUUCCAGUUUUACCCGUCGAGUGAAAAAGUGUACACACUCGGGCCGGGGAUAAUCGGCGAGCAGACUGCACUGACUACAAGUGCAAGUCAGACAAUCAAAUGCACGUUUAUUUUGUAGUUUGUAUUGUGUAAAAAAAAUUUUAAAAAAACCCAAAAAUGCUUUCCAGCCUGGCGGCGCGGCUGCUUUGGAACUGAACUUGAGCAUGGAGUCGUCGGCGCGAGGUGAAGCCCUGAAGGGCUAAGCGGAGGCACCUGAGCACCAGGGAGUGUUUUAGCCUGAGCCAGAGCACAGCUGGCAGUCGGUCCCUCACCCAGCCUUUCUCCGUCCCACGUGGCAACAUGGACCCCGGUCGUGGGCUGUUCCCCAGAUUAUCCUCAAAGAGGAGAAGGGGAGGUAGGACCAAGGAACUUGACACAGAGGCAACAAGUACCAAACAGCAGAAGGAAAUCACGGCCUUCUUCCCUGUGACCAGUGUGGUCAGGGUCAAUCCCCAGAAGGAGGAAGAGGAGAUGGAAGAAGGGGAAGACUACAUUUCUGAUGAGCUGCUGCAGGACAUCCCAGAGAAUGAUUGUUCUGUGAAGGUGGAGCCAGAGGACACUGCAGGAGUUUCAGGGUACAGCAUUUGGGGACAGCCAAGUUGUUUGGAUCCCGCAGCUCAGCAUUUGGCCCAGCUUGGUCAUGUGAAGCUUGAGGAAGAGGAAGAUGUGGACCCCCUACCUGAUGCUCACUACGGGCUUCUGGGAAGCAGGCAUUGUGAGGCAGAGCCUAGUGGCCAUGUGAAUGAGCUUCCAGAGGAGGUUCUGAAGGUGGUGCUUGCCUGUCUGCCUGCGGUGGACCUCUUCCGGAGCAUCAUACGAGUGUGUCGUCAUUGGAGGAACGUGGUCACAGAUCCAAUGUUUGUGCCCUGGAAGAAGCUGUAUUUCCGGUACCGAAUGAAGGAGAGCCAGGCAGUAGAAGAAAUCACAUUGAUCCUUAUGGAGAACAGCAUCACUCCACAGGAGGACCUGUGUGUGCUCAACAUGGUUAGGUAUAUGUCCCAGUUCAAACACAGCUCUAGUGUCAAUCCAGAGAAGGUUCUUUCACGUGCGAGACGCCAUCGUCUGUUUGUCCAGGCCGAGGCCUGCCUGAAGCACAGGAUCCCUGAAUCAGAGCAGGGUCUCAACGUGUGGUCCACCCUCACUCUGAUGCUUAUCCUGGCCCAUGGUGUAAUGGACAUCCUGGACCUGGUGCACUUCCUGAAUGCUUCGCAGUGCCUACCCUCUCCAUACACUAUCACAGAGUUUUUGUCGUGCAUCGCCACGCUGCUGCUGGCUAUGAGCGAAAGUGGUAUCAGCAUCACAAACAGAUGGCACUACAACAUUUUCUACGUUCUUCACCUUAUUGAGAACGGUUCUUCCCCGGAGCCAGUGUUUAAAUCCUGCACAGAGGGCGGGGGGACAAGUUGUGGAAUUUCCUUCCGACCCACCCAUGAGCAACAGCAAAUCCUCAGUCACGACAUCCUUGCAGACCACAUAGUUAAAAUAAUGGCAUUUGCUGGCACGGGGAAGACGUCCACACUGGUGCAGUAUGCCCGGCAGCGGCCACAACAACGCUUCCUAUAUGUGGCGUUCAACCGCUCGGUAGCUGCUGAGGCCCAGCGCACCUUCCCCAGAAACGUGGAUUGCAGGACGGUCCACUCCCUUGCCUACCACAGCAUUGGAUCCAGGUACCAGAAGAUAAAGAAGCUCUCAAGUAACCUAAAACCCUUCUCCGUGUGCUGGGUUCUGCCAAAAGGCCGAGGGGGUUUUGUCAAUGCCAAAGUCGUCAGCCAGACCAUCAAUGCUUUUUUUUCAUCAGCAUCCAUCCAUAUUGGCGUUGAACAUGUCCCAGCUGAGUACAAGAACACUAAUGGGCAGAAUACACGGCCAAACCAUGAGGAAAAGCUGAUAUUUGUGGGUAUUGCCCAAGAUAUCUGGGAGAAAAUGCAAGAACUGAGACCAACAAGGGAGUCUGCACACCACAUGACACAUGAUGGCUACCUGAAACUAUGGCAGCUGCAGAAGCCACGUCUAGACAAGUAUGAUGUCAUUUUCAUUGAUGAAGCACAGGAUUGCAGUCCAGCAAUCAUGGACAUCAUGCUGUCCCAGAAGUGUGGGAAGGUCCUGGUGGGAGAUCCUCACCAGCAGAUCUAUACAUUCAGAGGGGCUGUCAAUGCGUUGCAACUGGUACAACACACUCACCUGUACUACCUAACUCACAGCUUCAGAUUUGGACCAGAGAUCGCUUAUGUUGGAGCCACAAUUUUAGAAGCCUGCAAAAAAGUGAGGAAAACUCUUGUUGGUGGAAAUCAAGAAGGAAAUGUGACAGGAGAGAAUGAGUCGGAGCACUUCCUGACGUUUGACCCAGAGAAUCGCUCGCAAUCAAGGCAGAAGAAGUUUGCGAUUUUGUCGCGGUGUAAUGUUACUGUGUUUGAUGGAGCCGUCAAGCUGACAGAAGGCGAGCAACGCCCCAAACUGCACUUUGUUGGGGGUAUUGACAGUUUCGGACUAGGGACAAUUCUGGACCUAUGGAUCUUGAUGCAGCCGGAGGAGGAACGAAAUAAAAAGAACCUAGCCAUCAAGGACAGCUUCAUCAAGCACUUCUGUAAGACCAAGCUGGGUGGCUAUGCUGCUCUGAAGCGUUAUGUCAUUGAGUCAGAGGACCGUGAACUGGAGGUUAAACUGGCUGUGGUGGAGAAAUACAACAGCCUUAUCCCUGAGUUGGUGGACCGCAUUUAUGCAUGUUCUGAGAGCAACCCUCGCCUUGCAGAUGUCAUCCUGGGUACUGUUCAUAAGUCUAAGGGGCUGGAAUUUGAUACAGUGGUGGUGACAGAUGACUUUGUCAAAGUCCCCUGUGCUCGACACAACCUUGAGCAGCUGGUCCGCUGUAUCAGAGCAAACAUUCCAGAAGAUGAGUGGAACCUGCUCUAUGUGGCAGUGACACGAGCCAGAAGGCGAUUGGUGAUCACCAAGAGCAUCAAGAACAUCCUCACUCUGGCUGGGGAGUACUUCCUACGGACAGAGCUGACCAGCUCCCUGCUCACCAAUGGCCAGCCACCCCAAUGCUCAGUGCGGGAAUGCCAAAACUAUGUGAGGGCAGAGUCAGCCCUCACAAUGUGCCAGCUCCCCAUCAGAUAUAUGGAUUCCGUGGAGGCAGGUGGGCCCCUCUGUGCCACAUGUACAGAGCAGCGCCUGAAACAUUCAGCCUUCCUCUUCGAGCCACCUGAGGUGGUGAGAGCCAUGCCAUACACCGAGGAGCGUGUGGAGCUGCCUGUCAAUGUUGCCAUGCUCAUGGCACUGCUCUAACCUAACUGGAUAAGUGA